AUAAGAAGAUAAUGUUUCCCUCCAUAUCUUGCUCUCACUCUGGUCACAUGGCAACAGCCACAUAUUCUUCUUCUUCUUCUUCACUGUUCUGUCGCUUCCAUGAUACGGGAGGAAAAUGGCGUCCUUUGGUAAGCAAGCGAUGGAGUAUCAACGCCUCCAUUUCAAGAAGUCAAAAAGCACCGCGCCGUCUGAUCACAAUUGGAACAUCGGACAGAAGGUGGCAUGGGAAAUGGACCUGCGAUUAUAUCCUCUCUCUUCGAGACUUGCGGUUAUUGGAUUUGGUCGAAGACGACCAGAAAGACACGAAAGUUUUCGUCAACCUCAGCAUAGAGAAGCAUGCCAGCUUCGGCUUAUCAAUCGAUGGGAGGAUCACUACUUCUUUCACCAGAAAAUGCAGUAAUUGCUCUUCCCCGUACUGCAGAGAGCAGAUUAAUACAAGUUUCAAUGUUUGGGUUCUGACAUCUAAUAGAGUCAGUCACGCGACCGAAGUUCCCGAGAUCGGAGGAGAUGAUCCAUCAGUCAUCUAUGUCAAACCUGGAUAUGAAGCUCAUCUCGAUCCACUUAUUCAAGACACUCUUCGGCUUACUACCUCGGUCAAAGAUACAUGCUCAGAAUCAUGUGAAAAAUCCGAGCCUACAAUCCAGUAUAUUGGUGGUCCAAAGCUGCUUCAGUUGAUAAGAGGUGGGUCAGACUCUUGGAGCUGAAGAACACGAAUCGUUGACCGAUUGAUGUCAAUUUAAUCUCUGUGUCUUGACAUAAGAAGUAUGCUGUACACGACUUUAGCCAACACCCUUUUCGUUUACCCUUGCCCUAGUCCUGCCUCUAGAGAGACAUUAUAUGAAAACAUAAUUGUCACACAGCAUUGUGCAAAUAGGUUGCAAUAAAAGGUUCUUUCUCAAAUAAAUCAAGAUUUUGACUCCUGUUCUCAUUUCCCGUACUCUUGUAAGGUUUUAUUGUUGUCGUAAAUUUGAGGGGAUAACAAUUUUGAUGGAAGCAAUGCCAAUAGGCUCGUCUGAGCAGAAGGUGAAAAAG